AUGGGUCAGCCUUGGAUGCUGGUUCGCGUGGCUGCUAUUCUUCUCGUUACUAGACAAACGCUCGCCCUUUCCGAUAUCUUCGAAGAGGGAAAAUCUGACAAGGAAAUCCUGGAUAAUCUUCUGAAAGCAACCCGAUACGACAAGAGGCUACUGCCGCCGGUCAGAGAUUCGUUAACAGUUAACGUGAGUGUAUUGCUUCUCAGUUUGGCAUCACCUGAUGAAUCAAGUUUGAAAUACGAAGUGGAAUUCUUGCUGCAGCAGCAGUGGUACGAUCCGAGACUCCGCUAUUCGAAUCAGAGCCAGUACAGCUACCUGAACGCGAUCCACCAUCACAACGACAUCUGGAUUCCGGAUACCUAUUUCAUUAUGCACGGCGAUUUCAAGGACCCGAUCAUUCCGAUGCAUUUUUCCCUCAGGAUAUACAGGAACGGUAGCGUUAAUUAUCUCAUGCGGAGACAUCUAAUACUUUCGUGUCAAGGGAGUCUGAAUAUAUUUCCAUUUGACGAUCCCAAAUGUACAUUUUCAAUGGAAAGUAUAUCCUACGAGACGACGUCUCUCGUCUACGUAUGGAAAAACGGCGAAGACGUCUUACGGAAGUCGCCCAGUCUGAUGACCCUUAAUGCUUACCUCAUCAAUAAUUCAACACUAAUUUGUCCGACUAAGUCGAGCUGGCGAGGCAACUAUAGCUGUCUUACGGUAGAAUUAAUCUUCACCAGAGAUCGAGCGUUUUAUUUCACAACAGUAUUCAUACCAGGUAUAAUAUUAGUGACGUCAUCAUUUAUAACUUUUUGGUUAGAAUGGAACGCAGUGCCUGCUAGAGUUAUGAUUGGUGUAACGACAAUGCUCAAUUUUUUCACGACAUCCAACGGCUUCCGUUCGACGUUGCCGGUCGUGUCGAACUUGACGGCGAUGAACGUAUGGGACGGCGUGUGCAUGUGUUUCAUAUACGCGUCGUUGCUGGAGUUCGUGUGCGUCAACUACGUCGGCCGCAAGAGGCCGUUGCACAACGUGGUCUACAGGCCGGGAGAAAAUCCCGUCACCCAGCGACUGCCCGCUGUUCUCAGCAGGAUAGGCAUUAUACUGGCCAGUCCCUUGGAAACUGCGGAACAAGAAUAUUAUUCCACAUUCUGUGAGAGUCCCAUGUAUGCAAGAGGUGAUAAAAAAAGGGACUCGGCGUUACCUAACGAGAUCGUCGCUUGCACCAACUGUGGACCAAAUCCGUGCACACACGCAGCCAAUAACGGAUGUGCCGAGGCAUGUGUUUUGCAGGUGAGGAAAAAGGAGCCACCACACCCGAUCCGAGUGGCGAAAACGAUAGAUGUUAUAGCCAGGAUAACGUUUCCCACAGCAUUCGCAGUUUUUCUCAUUUUCUUCUUCUACCACUACAAAAGCUUCACAAAUGUUGCGCACGAUGAAUAA